AUGGUAGGACAGAGUUCCUGGGCGCCAGUGUCCCUCAAGGCCAGAACCGUCCCAAAAGUCUGCCCCAACCCUUACAACUACGAAGGAUCCAACCCUUACCACUACCAAGGCCCCAGGCACCAACCGUCACCACUACAAAGGCCCCAGACCCCAAACCUCACCACAACCAAGUCCCCAGACCCCAACCCUCACCACUACCAAGGCCCCAACCCUUACCACUACAAAGGCCCCAGGCCCCAACCCUCACCACUACCAAGGCCCCAGACCCCAACCCUCACCACUACCAAGGCCCCAGGCCCCAACCCUUACCACUCCCUAAGACCUGAGACCCCAGGCCCCAACCGUUACCACUACCAAGGCCCCAGGCCCCAACCCUUACCACUACCAAUGCCCCAGGCCCCAACCCUCACCACUACCAAGGCCCCAGGCCCCAACCCUCACUACUACCAAGGCCCCAACCCUUACCAUUACCAAGGCCCCAGGCCCCAACCCUUACCACUACCAAUGCCCCAGGCCCCAACCCUCACUACUACCAAGGCCCCAACCCUUACCAUUACCAAGGCCCCAGGCCACAAUCCUCACCACGACAAAGAAUCCAAGCCCAACCCGCACCACUACAAAGGCCCCAAGCCAAAACCCACUGUGAAGGCUCCAAACCUGACCCCUACGAAGGUCCCAGCCCUCGCCACCACAAAGACCCCAACCCUCACCCCUAUGAAGGUCCCAGCCCUCACCACUCCAAAGGUAGUGUGA